CACGCAGCGGGCGCUCUCCAGCCAGAAUACUAGGAUCUUCAAUGGCAGGAGAAGGAGUAAUUAGAAGACCGCGAUGAAUUUUAACACUAUUUUAGAAGAGAUUCUAAUUAAAAGGUCACAGCAGAAAAAGAAGACGUCACCCUUAAACUACAAAGAGAGACUUUUUGUACUUACGAAGUCCGUGUUAACCUACUAUGAGGGUCGAGCAGAGAAAAGAUAUUCCUGGCAGUUUAUAUUCUUAAGCAGAAUAAAGUGUGUGGAAAUAGUGAAGAAUGAUGAUGGUGUCAUUCCCUGUCAAAAUAAAUACCCGUUCCAGGUUGUACAUGAUGCUAAUACACUGUAUGUUUUCGCACCUAGCGCACAAAGCAGAGACCGGUGGGUGAAGAAGUUAAAAGAAGAAAUAAAGAACAACAAUAAUAUUAUGAUUAAAUAUCAUCCUAAAUUCUGGACAGAUGGAAGUUAUCAGUGUUGCAGACAAACUGAAAAACUAGCACCUGGAUGUGAAAAAUAUAAUCUUUUUGAGAGUAGUAUAAGAAAAGCACUACCUCCAGCACCAGAAAUAAAGAAGCGAAGACCUCCCCCACCAAUUCCACCCGAGGAAGAAGAUAAUAGUGAAGAGAUAGUUGUAGCAAUGUAUGAUUUCCAGGCGACAGAAGCACAUGAUCUCAGAUUAGAGAGAGGCCAAGAGUACAUCAUAUUAGAGAAGAAUGAUGUUCACUGGUGGAGAGCAAGAGAUAAAUACGGGAGUGAAGGAUAUAUUCCAAGUAACUACGUAACAGGAAAGAAAUCAAACAACUUAGAUCAAUAUGAAUGGUAUUGCAGAAAUAUGAAUAGAAGCAAGGCAGAGCAGCUCCUGAGAAGCGAAGAUAAAGAAGGUGGUUUUAUGGUAAGGGACUCCAGCCAGCCAGGCUUGUACACAGUCUCCCUUUACACAAAGUUUGGAGGAGAAGGUUCAUCAGGUUUCAGGCAUUAUCAUAUAAAGGAAAUGACAACAUCUCCAAAGAAGUACUACCUGGCAGAAAAACACGCUUUUGGCUCAAUUCCUGAGCUCAUUGAGUAUCAUAAACACAAUGCGGCGGGACUUGUGACAAGGCUGCGGUACCCAGUUAGCGCAAAGGGGAAGAAUGCACCAACCACUGCAGGAUUCAGCUACGAGAAAUGGGAGAUUAACCCUUCCGAGCUGACAUUCAUGAGGGAACUGGGAAGCGGCCUGUUCGGGGUGGUGAGGCUCGGCAAGUGGCGGGCCCAGUACAAGGUCGCGAUCAAGGCGAUCAGGGAAGGUGCGAUGUGCGAGGAGGACUUUAUAGAGGAAGCUAAAGUGAUGAUGAAACUGACACACCCGAAGUUAGUGCAGCUUUAUGGUGUGUGCACCCAGCAGAAACCGAUCUACAUUGUGACCGAGUUCAUGGAGAGGGGCUGCCUUCUGAAUUUCCUCCGACAGAGACAAGGUCAUUUCAGUAGAGACGUGCUGCUGAGCAUGUGUCAGGACGUGUGUGAAGGGAUGGAGUACCUGGAGAGAAACGGCUUCAUCCACAGAGACCUGGCUGCCAGAAAUUGUCUAGUAAAUGAGGCGGGAGUUGUGAAGGUGUCUGAUUUUGGAAUGGCCAGGUACGUCCUGGAUGAUCAGUACACAAGUUCUUCCGGUGCUAAAUUUCCUGUGAAGUGGUGUCCACCCGAAGUGUUUAACUACAGCCGCUUCAGCAGCAAAUCUGACGUCUGGUCGUUUGGCGUUUUAAUGUGGGAAGUGUUUACCGAAGGCAGAAUGCCUUUUGAAAAAUACACCAAUUAUGAAGUGGUAACCAUGGUUACUCGAGGCCACCGACUCUACCAGCCGAAGUUGGCAUCCACAUACGUAUAUGAGGUGAUGCUGAGAUGUUGGCAGGAGAAAGCAGAGGGAAGGCCUUCUUUUGGAGACUUGCUGCACACGAUAGAUGAACUAGUUGAAUGUGAAGAAACUUUUGGAAGAUGAAGUGGUGUUGUGACCGGUGGCUCCCAGAUUCCAAAGCACGAGGAAGGAAUGGCGCUUUGUGGCUAACUAUUAAUUUAUUUAGCACCUGGAUGUGUGGAUUGUUUUAAAGUGGAAACACCUAAAGAAUUUGCUUCUAGACCAACCAUCCCUCUGCGACUGAAUCUUCCAGAUUGUGGAAAUGCUGCCUUAGAGAUGGUGAUCAAAAGCACUCAUUUCUAUUCAUUCCUCAAGCACUUGAGUGCCCGCUGUGUGCCCAGGCCCCAGGCGUUGGCCACUGGAGGGGCUGUCAUUGGCCCAUGUUAGCUGGUGCCAGCAGAAGGCCAGGGUGCUAGGGAAGGGGAAGGGUAUCAGAGCUAUGUUCCAGCAACCUGUCCUUUCCCUUUGACAUCUGCAGAAAUCCAGGCCUGGCGCAUUGUCCAGAAUUGGGUUCUAGAUGAAUCAGGAACCCACCUUGGAUAAGUACCCGUCUU